AUGAAAAUAUUUAUGCUGAGUCUUCGACAAUCUGCAAUCCGUCAGCGAUUCAUUGUGGCGAUAGUAUCUUCAGAUGGAGAAAUCUCGUGAAGUCAAUCCAGUCAACUACAUCGUUAUAAUGACCCAUAUACAAUGUUUGUUUUGGGUUAUUACGAUACUUGCCUGUCAUGCAACACAACUAAAUAAUGGCGGAGACAAAAAUUCUAUUAUAAUAGAGAAUAUAACCGAAAGUCUUGAAGCAAUCAAUGGGACCCCCAACUACAGACUGAUAAAACCCAAUAGAGCUACACCAUGGUAUCCAGAACGGGAAAUAAAACUCGACAGUUGCGUCAGGAAAGCCCGUUGUGAACCCUUAGAGAAGUCAACAUGUUUGGGCGCCAAAUUGUCUUACGAGAGUACUAGUGUCCUUCUCACCUUUUACGAAACACAAAGUCAAAUUCAAACUCAAUUGGAACUUUAUAAAGAGUUGAUUAAUGUUCCUAAAUGUUGGGCUGUUAUUCAACCUUUGCUUUGUGCAACAUUCAUGCCCAAGUGUGAAAAAGUACUCGGUCGAGACAUGGUAUACUUACCAUCUUAUGAAAUGUGCAAAAUAACAAUGGAACCUUGUGCUAUACUGUAUAACACCUCAUAUUUUCCAUCUUUUCUGAAAUGUAACUCUACUCUGUUCCCCCCACGAUGCGAUAAUGCUGGAAGGGAGAUGAAAUUUAACACUACCGGGAAAUGUCUGCCGCCUCUCAUACAUACAAAUAAACAGCUGCACUUUUACGAAGGUAUUUCAGGUUGCGGUUUGCCUUGUCGGGACCCGUUGUAUACGGAAGAUGAACAUCAACAGAUCCAUCGGCUCGUGGGAUGGGGUGCUGGUAUUUGCCUUGCCCUGAACUUGCUUACUGUAGCGACAUUCCUUAUAGAUUGGCGUAGUGCCAAUAAAUAUCCAGCCCUCGUCAUAUUUUACAUUAAUGUCUGCUUUGCCGUUGCGUCUAUGGGAUGGCUAGUUCAGUUUGGUGUGGGGUCGAGGGACGACAUAGUUUGCUCAAAAGAUGGGACCAGACGUCAAGGUGAACCUUCAGCUGAAGAAAACUUAUCGUGUGUCGUCGUAUUUGUAUUAGUGUAUUACUUCAUGAUGGCAGCUUGUGUUUGGUUUGUCAUAUUCACGUAUGCAUGGCAUAUGAGUUUUCGAGCAUUAGGUAAAAUUCAAGAUCGGAUUGAUAAGAAAGCUGCCUAUUUCCAUUUAGUGGCGUGGUCCCUUCCAUUGAUUUUGACUAUAGCCACUAUGGCAUUCGGAGAAGUGGACGGUAGCAGUGUGACCGGCGUUUGUUUUGUGGGCUACGUGAACCAUCCCAUGCGGGCCGCGUUAUUGCUCGCUCCUUUGUCAGUGGUGCUAAUACUUGGUGGAUAUUUUUUGCUCAGAGGUGUAUUCUCAUUGAUCGCCGUUCGUGUAUCAAGUAAAGAUGUGAUAUCUCCUCGAGCGUCGAACAAGAUUCGGCAAACGAUCACACGCUGCUCACUGACAGCCGCGCUGGUAGCCAUCUUUAUAUGUGUCACUUUCGCCUGUCACAUCUAUGAAUUCAGAAACGCUGAUCUGUGGAAGGACUCAUUCAAGAAAAAUAUAAUAUGUCGAUUGGAAGCGCUACGGGAGAGCGAGAAGGAGUGUUCGUCGGGCGUACGUCCGUCUGUCUCCGUUCUGCAGCUGCGUCUGCUCUGUUGUUUUGCGGGAGGUGCAUUGAUGGCUUCCUGGACCUGGACCCCUGCCGCCGCAGCCGCCUGGAGACGAUACUUGGCCAGGAAGUGUGGAUGCUCGGUGGAAGCAGAAGUGACUCGUCGCGCGACCAAAGACGAGUUGAUAAGGCGCGCGUACCGUCGCCGCGGAGAAUUUGCAGCGCGUGGACGAUUGUCUAUCUCACUGGGUGCGUCUAGGCAGGAUCCAGUGGGCUUGUACAUUGAUCACGCCUCACCUAUAGAUUACCCGGAAGACGCCAAGCACGAGAGCUGCGAGCUGUCAUCAUCGUGGGCUGCUAACUUACCGCGUUUCGUACGUCGCCGCGACGCGCUCGUGUUGCCUACACACACGCAUCAUUCGCUAAGCUCUACGCCGGAUCGCAGAAAUUCGCAGGAUUCUCAAAUUAGUAUAAGUCUACGUCACGUCUCCGUUGAGUCUCGCCGUAAUUCGCUAGAUAGUCAACUUUCCGUGAAGAUUGCAGAGAUGAAAACCAAAGUCGGUCGCCGUAGAACUAAGCACACCAAAGCCAAAAGAAAGGCUCGUGCUGCAAGUGCCCGCAAGGAAAGUACACCGUCUAUCGAGAGUCAAAUCAGCCGUUAUUGGCUGCAGGCCGUCGCGGCCAAUAAUGAUCCGUCCCGUGAGGAAGUAAAAUUUAGUUUUGAUUGA